AUUAAUGUCUGAGCCUUUGACUGUCAAACCAAACUCAUCUCUCUCCUCUCUCUUACAAUAAACCAAACAAAACCCAAAUCACAAAGCAAAGAAAAAGAACCCAUUUCAUCUCUCUCCUCUCUCUUACAUAAUCACCCAUUUUUCACAAACCCCAAGUUCUUGAUUUUCUACACUGAUAGAUCUGAUUUUCAGCACAAAAGAAACAACCCCUUGUGCUUUGAUGCAGUUAUGAAGCCUUCUUGGCCAUCUGGGUCAACUUCUGUGUUCAAAGUUGGUGCCUUUUUCAUCUGAUUGGUACGGCGUUGACUUCACUUCUGCAGCUUAAUUCUCAACGUCGGGAAGACCAGAUAUAUUAUUUAAAGUUCAGUUUUUAUGGCUUCUGUAAGUGUAGCUCCCAAUGCAGGAGUAAGAGAGCCUAGUGGAAAUAAUGUCGCUGUUGAUAGAUUGCCUGAAGAAAUGAAUGACAUGAAAAUUAGGGAUGACAAGGAGAUGGAAGCAACUGUUGUCGACGGUAAUGGGACAGAGACUGGUCAUAUUAUUGUGACCACUAUAGGUGGUAGAAAUGGCCAGCCAAAGCAGACAAUAAGUUAUAUGGCAGAGCGUGUCGUUGGGCAAGGAUCAUUUGGAGUAGUGUUCCAGGCAAAGUGCUUGGAGACUGGUGAAGCUGUUGCAAUUAAAAAAGUUCUUCAAGACAAGAGGUACAAGAACAGGGAGCUGCAAACCAUGCGUGUUCUGGAUCACCCAAAUGUGGUUGCUCUUAAACAUUGUUUCUUUUCAACAACUGAAAAGGAGGAGCUAUAUCUUAAUUUGGUAUUGGAGUUUGUGCCAGAAACAGUUCAUCGUGUGAUCAGACACUACAACAAGAUGAAUCAGAGAAUGCCCAUGAUUUAUGUCAAACUUUAUAGUUAUCAGAUUUUGAGGGCAUUGGCUUACAUACAUGGUAGUAUUGGAGUAUGCCACAGAGACAUUAAACCUCAAAAUCUACUGGUUAACCCACAUACUCAUCAAGUGAAACUAUGUGACUUCGGAAGUGCAAAAGUCUUGGUUAAAGGAGAGCCAAACAUUUCUUACAUAUGCUCCAGAUACUACAGAGCUCCUGAACUUAUAUUUGGUGCUACAGAGUACACCACAGCUAUAGAUAUCUGGUCUGCUGGUUGUGUGUUGGCAGAAUUGUUGCUUGGACAGCCUCUUUUUCCUGGUGAGAGUGGAGUAGACCAACUUGUGGAAAUCAUCAAGGUUUUGGGAACCCCGACAAGAGAAGAAAUCAAAUGCAUGAAUCCUAAUUACACAGAGUUCAAGUUUCCACAGAUUAAAGCUCACCCAUGGCAUAAGAUAUUCCACAAACGCAUGCCUCCAGAAGCUGUUGAUCUGGUAUCAAGGCUGCUUCAGUACUCACCAAAUCUUAGGAGCACAGCUUUGGAUUCCUUGACACAUCCAUUUUUUGAUGAGCUUCGUGACCCAAACACCCGUCUACCGAAUGGACGAUUUCUUCCUCCUCUCUUCAACUUUAAGUCUCACGAGCUGAAGAAGGUUGCACCUGAGAUGCUCGGAAAGCUGAUUCCAGAGCACGCUAGAAAGCAAAGCGCGUUCUUCUCUUCAUAAGGCAUGAAGGUUUCUGCAUUGACAUGUGCUUUUGUGAAAUGAGCUCCUCUACUGCAUAAAAUGAGAUAUCUGUGCUCUUCUAAGUGACUACUCGAUUUGUUUCUUUAUCUGUUCCGUAGUCUCAAUGUAUUUAUAUUCUCCCUUCUCCGUAGCAGAACCAAAAUGUUGUGUUUUAUGUUUUUGAGUAUGCUGACCCUUGUUGCUAAUCGUGGACAGAGUUGUAAUCGCUUUAAUGUGCAAAUAUUUAUGUGUUUUCGACAAACAUAAUGUAAUUUUGCUACUCGGACUCUAUUGUUUCAAAGUUCUUGAGCCUGUGAACAA